GUGACAAAGUCAUUCCUCUUUGUGUUCCCCAGUGUGGAGAAUGCAGCUGCUGUUUGAGUCCCAAAGCUAACUGUUGCCUCAAGUCCACCCUCUAUGAACCUCUUCAAAACCUGAUGCCAGACAAGACUAGCAGGUUCACCUGCAAGGGGAAACAGAUUUACCACUUCCUGUGGACAAGCACCUUCUCUGAAUUCACAGUCAUACCUGAGGCUGCUAUUGCCAGAAUCGACAGUGAUGCUCCUCUGGACAAAGUCUGCCUCUUUGGCUGUGGGUUUUCCACUGGCUACGGUGCUGCUGUCAAGUGUGCCAAGUGGUGCUCGGGUCAACCUUCUCAUAGAGCUAGAAUGGUUUGCUGGAUCAACCACCAGCCAGGAUGCUCAAGCAUUCUGCUCCCCGAUCAUUUCCAGGUCCUAGCUUGUCUUUCUGUGUGUCUCAAACAGGCCGCUGCCCUCGCUUCCUGCCACCUGGGUCAUGGAGUCUGUGUUCUGGUUGGGGCACCUCCUGCAGGAUCGCAGCUCUCCAUCAGUCCCAAUCUUCUCCUCACAGGGAGGAAGUUGAUUGGGUGUUUGAUUGGAGGUUGGAAGUUAAAAGAAGCUCUCCCUCAAUUGGUUUCUGAUUAUAUGAACAAAAAAUUCAAUACUGAUACAUUAAUAACGCAUGUAUUGCCUUUUGAGAAAAUUGAUAAAGGAUUUGAACUUCUAUGCUCAGGUAAAAGCAUUCGCUCCAUCUUGUUGUUUUAGCACAGCUGCAGGUCAUUUCCAUGUCUGACGUAAUUUGACCUUAUUUCAUCUAAUGCUAACAUUGAUCAAAAUUUACAUUUGAGAAAUAUGUCCAAUAAAUGUUGGCAGGCCAACACAAAAAAAUUUCAUUUCUAUAUACAAGUUGUAACCUGCCUAACGGCCUGUUCCAACUUUACGCACAGCAGGACUAGGCAGGACUUUCUCACCUGAAUUCUAUCUAUGCUUUAUUGGCCAUGGGAUGCCCAGUGGCUUCUUCCAGGUGAAUGUUGCUCUCUCCCCAGAGGGUACAACUAAGCACCGCAGCUGCCAGUCUGGGUCUUCAAAUAUGGGAGGUCAUCAAGCAGCCGUAAAGCAGCUGCUGCUGUUGAAUAACUAGGAGUCAGAAGUCCUUGCUCGUUGCUGCAAAUUACCCCGAAUUCUUCCUGUAGAUCCAACAACACUUAUCUGCGAAUCAUGUGAUGCACAUUUAUUUGGAAUGAAGACUUCUAGCAGCAACAGGCAGCAAGCAUGGUAUACAGUCGUUUGUGGAUGGACCUGAUGAUUUUCCUUAAUCAGGGCAAAGAUACUUUUAAUUGUGUCAGUAUAUCCUAAUGACCCUUCAUUUCCAUGUUCCCUAUGGCUGUGUAUAUUUGUAUAUUUAGCUGUGUAACUGUUAACGAGUUCAGAGCUGAAACCUGCAUUUGACCAGCUUUCAGACAAUCAAAAAGGGUUCCUUUUUAAUUUGUAUCAUCAACCUAAAGCUAUCUGGUGAAUAUAUCUUGAUAAUAUGUAGCACUGGAACAUAAUGUAUUGAUAGCUAGAUGCUUCAAAAUAUUCUUUAGGGGGCUGCCAUCCAAACAAAGGAACCAGCAAUCAUCUUCAUUCUGUGUGAUAUUUUCAAUUCCUAAUGCUCAAGUGUUAAACAGAAUAAACCUCACAAUUUGA